AUGAAGUACGUUCUGGUGUCCGGAGGUGUCAUCAGCGGCAUUGGGAAAGGCGUUAUUGCCUCUUCUACUGGCCUGCUGCUGAAGACCGUCGAUCCUUACAUGAAUGUUGAUGCAGGGACUAUGGCGCCCACCGAGCAUGGUGAAGUCUUUGUGCUGGACGAUGGUGGAGAAGUCGACCUGGAUCUUGGAAACUACGAGCGCUACCUAAACAUAACCCUGACGCGCGAGAAUAAUAUCACUACUGGCAAGAUCUAUCAGCAUGUUAUUGAGCGAGAGCGAAGGGGAGACUAUCUUGGACAGACCGUGCAGGUCGUCCCGCACCUUACAAACGCAAUCCAAGACUGGAUAGAACGCGUCGCAAAGAUACCUGUGGAUGACACGAACGAGCAGCCGGAUGUAUGCAUAAUUGAGCUCGGUGGGACUGUGGGCGACAUCGAGAGUGGACCCUUUAUUGAAGCCAUGCGGCAACUGCGCAGAAGAGCGGGAAAGGACAAUUUCCUACAGAUUCACGUUUCGCUUGUUCCGGUGGUAAGCAGGGAGCAAAAGUCCAAGCCUACACAACAAGCUAUCAAGGAUGUUCGGUCAGCUGGUCUGACCCCAGAUUUGAUCGCUUGCCGGUGUCAGGAGCCCUUGAGCCAAUCGACAAUCUCCAAGAUUGCAAUGUUCUGUCAGGUUGAGCCUUCGCAAGUGAUCGCCGUACACGAUGUCUCCUCUACUUACCAUGUUCCCAUGUUGCUCGAACGACAGGGCCUUAUUGAAAAUCUCACCACCAUCUUACGACUUGACACCUACACCAUCUCACCAUCAUUAUUGGCCUCAGGUCAAUCGAUCUGGCAUCAAUGGAAAGCCCUCACGACCUCUCAAGACCGAUUUCUGGAGACGGAGAAAGUGACUAUCGCCCUUGUGGGAAAGUACACCAACCUCCACGACAGCUAUCUGUCCGUGAUAAAAUCCCUCGAGCACAGCGCCAUGGCCUGUGCGAGAAAGCUGAAUCUGAGGUGGGUGGAUGCCUCACAUCUGGAGAAACAGACGGUGGAAACUUCACCAGAGCUGUAUCACAAAGCCUGGCAUGAGCUUUGCACGGCUGACGGGGUACUUGUUCCUGGUGGAUUUGGUCACAGAGGCACAGAGGGCAUGGUUGCUGCAGCAAAUUGGGCGCGAACGAAGCCAAAGCCGUACCUUGGUAUCUGCCUGGGAAUGCAGCUUGCUGUCGUCGAGUAUGCUAGGAAUGUCUGCGGCAUCCCUGGUGCAGGCUCUAUUGAGUUCGAUGCACAGGCUGAGAAGCCGGUAGUCAUCUUCAUGCCCGAGAUUGAUAAGAAGACAAUGGGCGGAAAUAUGAGACUGGGUCUGCGGCCAACUCUGUUUCAGAAGGACAGCGAAUGGUCUCGGUUACGAAAGCUCUACAACAAUGCCGACCAUGUUGACGAGAGGCAUCGACAUCGAUAUGAGGUGAAUCCAGAUUACAUUGAACAACUGUCAGGCAAAGGAUUGAACUUCAUCGGCAAGGAUGAUAAAGGAGUUCGAAUGGAGAUUGUGGAACUGAAGGACCAUCCUUGGUUCGUGGGCGUCCAAUUCCACCCGGAAUAUCUGUCGAGGGUGUUGAAGCCCAGUCCGCCAUAUCUCGGCUUGGUGGCCGCGAGCUGCGGCUUGCUGGACCAAGUCACCGAUCGAUGCUUGAACGGGAAGGGACUGGUCAAUGGAGAGAUCCACGUCAACGGAGAGCUGACUAAUGGUGUCAGGAACAUCUCCCUGUGA